AUUACUCAUCAUCUAAUAAUUUCCUGAUCUGUUUUCCUUCUUUCCAAUCAAGAUUGCUUCAAUUUUCUAUUAAUGGAGUGGUCUCCUCAAUUUGCCAUGAAAGCUUACUUGCACAGUCUUCAACUGUCAAGGAGAGAAGACAACACUAGUUCAUAUGGAAGCACAAAACUCGUAGAACCCAAAUGCAUGGAGUUCAUAUCAGCUUUAGCAGCUGGGAAGCAAGCCAAGUUAAUGGUAGAAAUAACCACACAAGGGAUAACUCCAUUGACGAUUUCUUUAGCAGUAGCAGCAAAGCAAACAGGAGGAAAACUCAUCUGCAUUCUUCCUCAUCAUCAUCAACAACAAAAUUUCAUCAACAAAUGCAGAAACCAUGAUCUAUCUUCCAGAUCUUCAAGAUCUGGAAGAUGUGAUUGAAUUUGUUCCAGGAAACCCUUUCCAGGUAGCCAUGCAAUACAAGAAAAUAGAUUUUCUUGUUGUUGAUGGGAAAUUGGAGGGUCAUUUGAAGUUGCUUGAGAUGGUUGAUCUUAACCCUAGUGGGUGUCUCAUAGUAGGGCAUAAUUUGCAGUAUAGAGAAUAUGAAGUUUCUUUUGGUCAGGUUUUGAAUAGGAAGAAAGGAAUUGAUUGUGUUAGUUUGCCUAUUGGAGAAGGAAUGGAGUUGACUAGAAUUGAAUCUUUCACCAAGAGGAAGUGUAGGAGAUUUAAGAGAUUUCAUGUAAUUUUUGAGAAUUGAGAUAAUUAUUUUUAUUUGUAUUUUGAUUAUAUAGCAUGAAAAUAAUAUGUAAAUUUGAUAACUUGUGUUAGAAAACGUUCAUUUUACCUUAGAAAUAUAUUGCACGAUUGAAACAGGAGCUAAUUCUUAAACCACAAGUUAUCCCUUUUGUUUUUUCACACCAGCUUCACCAAGCUUUUGGAAUCUACCUCCACUUGUAGCUUGCGACAGUCCAUAUCCUAUGUUAAAUUCAGGUCAAGCACAAGAGCAUGAAACUGUGCUUCCUACAAGCUGCACCAGCCGAAUCUCAUAGUAAACCCCAAUUUCGAAUGACCCAAAUGAUCACCUAUCACGCCUCCACCACUAAUUCUGUCAUCAGUAUUCAACUUCCACCGGCCCUUAUUCAGAUUAAUAUUUUUAUCAUGCAUACUAUUUUCCGCAGUCGUUAUAAAUCUCAAUAUUCAAGACAAGGAAUCAAAUUAUUCAGAGAUGGCUCAACCUUGACUCAUCCCGCUGAUGACUUAAUUAUCUAUACUAAAGCCAUAUGUCAAGAAGAAGAAAUCAAGUUGAUUCUGACAUGCUAUGCAAAUGCCUGUGGUAAAACUAUUAAUUUAAACAAAUCCAGAUUUACUUUGAUCCAAAUACACCUGUAGAAAUCAAACGUAGCAUUGCUCAU